UCGGCGACGCCGUAGCGGGGCCGGCGGGCGCGUUCCUCUGGGCGGGCGGUUUGGGUGCUUGCUCCGACUGGCCGAGGGCGCGGGGCUCCGGGGUUCGGGGCUCGCCCCCCGCUCCGGGCAGGAGCGCCUAUGGCGUUUGUAAGGUGACCCUGCGCUCACCGACUUUCUCCGGGGGCGGAGGAAGCACCCAUGAACCCUUCGGCGACCUUCCUCGCCGGGCGCCAGAACAUCGGGUCAGAAGUUGAGAUUUCCACUAUCGAGAAACAACGGAAAGAGCUGCAGCUGCUUAUCGGAGAACUAAAAGAUCGUGAUAAAGAGCUCAAUGAUCUGGUUACAGUACAUCAGAGACAACUUCUUUCGUGGGAGGAGGAUCGGCAGAAAGUGUUGACCUUGGAAGAACGUUGCAGCAGAUUAGAGGGUCAGAAAUAUACGAGCAGUAUCUGUUACACACUUCUAUAUGCCAGCCAAUUCAAAGGACUCAUGGGUGAACUACAUAAAAGAACUGAAAUAAUCAGGUCACUCACAAAGAAGGUAAAAACCCUUGAAUCGAAUCAAAUUGAAUGCCAGGCGGUUCUUCAGAAGACUCAGCUACAGCUUCAGGAAAUGGCUCAAAAGGCAACCCAUUCCUCUCUCCUCUCUGAAGACCUCGAGGCUAGAAACGAAAACCUCAGCAACACAUUAGUGGAACUUUCUGCCCAGGUAGGACAAUUACAAGCUCGAGAACAGGCUCUCACUACAAUGAUAAAGCUAAAGGACAAAGAUAUUAUCGAGGCCGUCAACCACAUUGCAGACUGCUCGGGAAAAUUUAAACUGUUAGAGCAUGCCUUGCGUGAUGCGAAGAUGGUGGAGACGUGUAUCGUGAAAGAAAAGCAAGAUUACAAGCAGAAACUGAAGACACUUAAAGUUGAAGUCAAUAAACUGAAAGAGGAUCUAAAUGAAAAGACAACAGAAAAUAAUGAACAGCGGGAAGAGAUCAUUCGCCUCAAGCAAGAGAAAAGUUGCCUGCAUGAUGAACUGGUUUUUACUGCAGAGAGAGAAAAAAGGAAAGAUGAGUUACUUGAUAUUGCAAAGUCAAAGCAAGAGCGCACAAACGCAGAACUCCAUAAUCUGAGACAGAUUUAUGUAAAACAACAGAGUGAUCUGCAGUUUCUUAAUUUUAAUGUGGAAAAUUCUCAGGAAUUAAUACGGAUAUAUGACUCAAAGAUGGAGGAAUCAAAGGUUCUGGAGUCCAGCAGAGACAUGUGUUUGUCAGACCUUGAGAAUCACCGCCCGAAAGCCGACAUCAAGAGGGAGAAAAAUCAGAGGUCAUUGGUUAAAGAUGCAAAAUUUGAGACCAUGUUCCUGCAGAAUCGGUCAGACAGGGGCCCCUGUGAUGUGUGCAAAGAGAAGAGGCGACAGGGUAAUCCUUCAUUUGGGGAAAAAAGUGUAUUUGCUAUCUCAUCUCUGUUGACAAAAGACUUACUGGAGAAGCAAAAGUCUUGGUCUCUGGGAGGAAAAAUGCAGAUGGAACCGGAAAACCAAAGUAGUUUGUGCAAGAUCCACGCCAAGUCACCAAAAGAUAAUGGGAUCGGGAUUCAGAAUGAAGAGAAACAACUCUCCGACACAUCCAUGUCAUCUGAUGAGAGACAGUGGCAUGAUGUCAAUGUGUACCUGGGCCUCGCCAGCUGCUCCGGUUCCAGACAACCAGAAAAGCCGGAUGUUGAAAGUCAAGAUGACAUAGAAAGGUCUGGAGUCACCUGUUGCCAUAAAAAUGAGACCUGUCUGGGGGAGAGUGACAUGUAUGAAUCCAAGUGCUGCCACCCGAGUAACUUCAUCAUUGAAGCCCCAGGCCCCAUGUCUGACAUGGAGUGGAUGAGCAUUUUCAAGCCUUCUAAAGUGCAAAGGAUUGUUCGCCACAAAUCUGUGUGUACUUGUUCGGAAAGUGCCGGCGGGAGGAAGUACAACUCCGCCACCAGUGAGCUAAUUGCCAUCCAGCGUUCCCACUGUUCGGGUUCUUCAAAAUCUGCUCCUAGAGAAGAUGAGAAAUUGAUAGAGACAGAGCCCUCUUCAGAUGCAAAGAACUCACCUAAGAUUUUGUUAUUCAACAAAGAGGCACCAUCGUCCAGUGACAAGGAUGACUUUUCUCCCACAAGCAAGCUUCAGCGUUUGCUGGCAGAGUCUCGCCAGAUGGUUACGGACCUGGAGCUGAGUACUCUGCUCCCCAUCAGCUCCGAGAAUCUCAGCAGCAGUGCCAGAAACAACUUAGAAGUCACAGAAGAGUCAGCUCAGAAAAAUACCUUUCUUAGUAAUUGAAGAACACAAAAGUCAACUUCACUGUUCAUUGUGGUCAUAGAAGCCGAUUUCUCAUCUUUGGAAGGCAGGAAGCAGACAUCAAUACCUAAUACUUAACCUUGAAAACAAAAAGGGGAUUGUAGUCCUUUGUAAACAACAUUUAAUACCAAAGGGAAGCAGAAACUGAAAGCUAAUUUUUUAACAUCUAUAUUUUGUUUGUUUUCAAGUUGACUGUUUUCAUGUUGAGGACAUUUUUUUUUUUUUUUAAAUGUGUAAGAAAUUAGACCUUACUGUGUAUUCUCUAUAUACAAACGUGGAAUUCUGCUCAAAGAGAAAAGGACUUCUCUGUAAAGAUGCAGACUACGGUUAAAUACCGGAGAAGCUCUUUAAAAGUGUGGUCAUCAAAUAGAGAACCCCUGCAUGUAAAA